UCUGUUUAGGGCCACUUUUUUUUUUUUUUUUUUUAAUUUUGUUUUCCAUUUGUGAUCUUGCUGUUUAAAAAGGCCCCCAAGCAUAGUGCUGAAGGUACUGUUUAGUAUUCCUAAGCACAAGAAGGCUGCCUUAUGGAAAAAAAUUGCUAGAAUGAUGCAUAGAACUCAAAAAAAUGCUGUACUUAUGACUACUGGUAUUAGUUAAGCUUUGCUCAGGCAUGAGUUAUGCUGUUGGCUGUGAAUUUAAUGUUAGUGAGUCAGUGAUAUAUAUUAAAUAAGAUACCUUUAAGCAGAAACAUACAUAAAAGAAGCUUGGGUAUUGAUCAGUUGAUGAAAAUGUUAUGACCCAAGGCUCACAGGAACCUAACCCUGUAUUUCCCCUAGGAGCAAUGGUUCAGUGUUCGCGGUGACUUUAUAAAACAAAACUAUGGUGAAUAACGAGAAUCAAUUCUUUUUAAGGUGGUAUCAACAUCCUACAGAAGAAGAAUUAAGAAUUCUUGCAGGGAAACAGCAAAAAGGGAAAAGCAAAAAAGAUAGGAAAUAUAAUGGUCACAUUGAAAGUAAGCCAUUAACCAUUCCAAAGGAUAUUGACCUUCAUCUAGAAACAAAGUCAGUUACAGAAGUGGAUACUUUAGCGUUACAUUACUUUCCAGAAUACCAGUGGCUGGUGGAUUUCUCAGUGGCUGCUACAGUUGUGUAUAUAGUAACAGAAGUCUACUAUAAUUUUAUGAAGCCUACACAGGAAAUGAAUAUCAGCUUAGUCUGGUGCCUGCUUGUUUUGUCUUUUGCAAUCAAAGUUCUAUUUUCAUUAACUACACACUAUUUUAAAGUAGAAGAUGGUGGUGAAAGAUCUGUUUGUGUCACCUUUGGAUUUUUUUUCUUUGUCAAAGCAAUGGCAGUGUUGAUUGUAACAGAAAAUUAUCUGGAAUUUGGACUUGAAACAGGGUUUACAAAUUUUUCAGACAGUGCGAUGCAGUUUCUUGAAAAGCAAGGUUUAGAAUCUCAGAGUCCUGUUUCAAAACUUACUUUCAAAUUUUUCCUGGCUAUUUUCUGUUCACUCAUUGGGGCUUUUUUGACAUUUCCUGGAUUACGGCUGGCUCAAAUGCAUCUGGAUGCCCUGAAUUUGGCAACAGAAAAAAUUACACAAACAUUACUUCAUAUCAACUUUUUGGCACCUUUAUUUAUGGUUCUGCUCUGGGUAAAGCCAAUCACCAAAGACUACAUUAUGAACCCACCAUUGGGUAAAGAAAGUAUCCCUUUAAUGACAGAAGCCACAUUCGAUACUCUGCGACUCUGGUUAAUAAUCCUGCUGUGUGCUUUGCGGUUGGCCAUGAUGCGUAGUCACCUGCAAGCUUAUUUAAAUUUAGCCCAAAAAUGUGUGGAUCAGAUGAAGAAAGAAGCAGGGCGAAUAAGUACAGUUGAGCUACAGAAAAUGGUGGCUCGAGUCUUUUAUUACCUUUGUGUCAUUGCACUGCAGUAUGUGGCGCCUCUGGUAAUGCUGCUUCACACAACUCUGCUUUUGAAAACACUAGGUAAUCAUUCCUGGGGUGUUUAUCCAGAAUCCAUCACUACCUUACCAGUGGAUAAUAGCCUACUUUCCAAUUCUGUUUACUCUGAAUUACCAUCAGCUGAAGGGAAGAUGAAAGUAACUGUUACACAAAUAACAGUGGCAUUGAGCAGCUUAAAAAAUAUUUUUACUCCUCUUCUUUUUCGAGGACUUCUGUCUUUUCUGACCUGGUGGAUUGCUGCUUGCCUCUUUUCUACAAGCCUUUUUGGGCUUUUCUAUCACCAAUAUCUGACUGUGGCAUGAAUCUCAGUUGACAAAAAAGCAUAUCCAAAUCACACUUUAAAUUCAAAUAUUUGUGCCCUUGAAGGGCCGAUGAAAACCAGAAGAAAGCAAAUACAAAGGAAAAAAAAAAACAUAUCAGAAUAUUUUGUAUUAAAUGUGUCCUCUGUAUUCUCAGGGUGAAUUAAUGUUAUAAUAUUUAAAAUUACAAAAUAGAUUGUUAACUGUUACACUGUGGCAUUGGAAUUUUAACUCUGUAUUUACUGGUAUGAGAGGGCUAUCUACAAGGGUAAUACUUCUGAUUACCUUGGUUUACAGAAACCUCCAGCAGUCUUUGAAACAUCUCACAUGACUCUAGUUAUUGAUUGCUUUUAAUGGUAUUACGGUACUGUUGAUAGUCAUAGUGGCUGCCUGUAGAACAAUCUUCAAACUGAGCCAUGCUUUAGGGGAGGGAAAGGGGCUAAAGUCUCUUCUGUUGGUAAUAUAUUAGUUACUCUUGAAAUGAUAAAAUCCAACAGAAAGGAAAAGAUAGCUACUGUAUAUUACAGUAAAGAAAACUGCAAAGUUAUUUUAAAUUUAAUGGAGAUGAAUAUGCUUAAUAGCUACAACUAUUGCUGCUUGAGAGUAGCAAGAGUAUUAUUUUAAAACAUGCUCUACCCAACUUGAGAGUUCUUUUCAAAUGAUUGGCCAUAUGAACACUUGUAAUCUUGCCAUUAGGUUUCGACCUGCCAUAUUUUAUUUUAUUCUAUCAUCCUAAAUGGUUGCUUUUAAUAGUCUAAAGAUAUUUAUCAAUACUGAUCAGACUUUGAAGAAAUUACUUUGUAAACCUGCUGACUACCUGUAUGUAUUGUAUAUAUAUUAUAUAUUAAAUAUAUAAUAUAUUGAGAUUAUAAAAGAUGAAAAUAUUGAAUCCUUAUAAUAUUUUAAGUUGCAGAAUGUAUGUUAAAAAGUGAUUUGAAUGAGAUGUACUUGUAUAUAGAAAUUUUAUUUCCUUUUGGAAUGAGAUUAAAAUACAUUUUGAAAGUUCA